AAAUAUUUAUCCCUAUUUUAAGCUUUCUCAUAUCCCUCUUGUAACCUUUUUGUGUUCGUGAGUUUUGUGGAAGCUCGUUCAUUCUUUUAAGAAUUUAAAAAAUGUCGAGUGGGGACGCUUUAGUUGCCGAAAUCAAGUCAACUCUACACUCCUUAGAAAUCUGUCAAGAGCAUCUAGAGAAUUUACUAGCCUUUUAUACAAAACAGGAAGAUUCUUUAGAUAGCUUCGAGAAAGAAGCUAUCGAGCACGCGAGGACUUUAGCGAUCUCUCGAGAUCGUGAAGGGCGGGAAAAUUUACUUUCCACCGUCAAAAAUGAAUUAUGCACCUCUUUAACACGCCUUGUCGAGGAUCAGCAGCAAAAGCACCUGGCAUGUUUAUCCACCUAUACCGAGCGCGAUCCGAAGGUGGAAAGGCGAAAGUUGAUAAAUUCGCUGCGUUUGGCGCAUUAUUUCUAUAAAUCUGCGGCGAGUGAAAAGGAUUUGGAAGCCGCGGUAGAAGAAAAUGCGCGUUUGCAAACACUCAAAGAAGUGAUGUCAAGGCGAUUCGAACAGCGGCGCUCGCAAAAUCUGAGUUUAGAAAAAAAAUGUGCUGAAUGCGGCGUGGAGAUCUAAACCCUGCUGGGGAGUCCUCAUAGUAAAAACAAAAAAAAAUGUAACCUAAGUAUAAUCAAAAUCAUUUUUUUAUUAUUAUUAAUAAAAGUCUUAGUAUUAUGUGAAUAAUCGCAUCCAUAAAAAAAAAAUCCUGCUUUGUCUUCACUAUAUGUAUUUUGGGGAACCUACCAAUGCAUAAGGGAGAGGUUGCCCUGCUUUCG